AUGGUGGAAUCUACGUCGAAUUUGACGUCGACGCAGAGAUAUGCAGCCGGAGCGUUGUUUGCAAUCGCGCUAAACCAAGCGCAAAUCAACCAGACUCAGCCGUUAGGGAUCCCGGCGUCGGAAAACGACGACGAAGAGGGUGAUAAUAAUCGUCGUUCCGAUGACCGGAGAAGUAAUUGCAGUAGCGGAGAUUCUGUCUCCGAUGACCCUGGCCUUUGGGUACACGAGACGUCGGGUCUUCUUCGACCAGUUUUCAGAUGUCUUGAUAUCGAGUCAUCGGCUUGGCUAGGUCUUGAGGAAACAGCUAAUUCUUCUCCGGCUAAGCACCACAUCGGUGCGUUCACGAGGUUACUAUCAGAAGAAGCGAGUGAUGCUUCUACAGAGAUGGUGGAGUUAGAAAUGGCUUUAGCUAAAGCUGCUGAUGCUAUGGUGCAAAGCAUUCAAAACUCUGUAUCUAUAGAUGCUAAGAAGGAGAAGCAUCAAGAAUACGAAAACGAAUGCCGUGAGAAAUAUGCGGUCCCUGAGGUAAAAUCGAAAGAUGGAGAUGCGGAGAAGGAUAAGAAGGAAACGGCUGAUAGUGGUGAAACAGUGAGUCUUGAGGCGGGUGUAGUUAUUAGAGAUGGAAGUCACAAGCCUGAAGUUGUUGAAGAAGACAAAUCUGUUGAGGAAGUAACAUUGCUUAGCCAUCAGAGAAAGAUAAAUGUUAUUUAUGAGCUUCUUUCUGCUUGCUUGUCAGAUAAACAUCAAGGGGAUAAGAAAUGUGCUCGGCAUAGAAAAGGCUAUGAUGCUCGGCACCGUGUUGCUCUGCGUUUACUUGCGACCUGGUUUAACAUUGAGUGGAUUAAAGUGGAAGCAAUUGAGACAAUGAUUGCAUGCUCAGCCAUGGCCCUUCAGAAGUCUGGUGAAAUGAAGGAUGAUGAUGCUCUGUCUCCUACGAGUACAUGGGCUAAGUGGAAGCGUGGAGGCAUCAUUGGUGCUGCUGCUUUAACAGGCGGUGCUUUGAUGGCCAUCACUGGUGGAUUGGCUGCUCCAGCUAUUGCUGCAGGGUUUGGUGCAUUGGCACCAACACUGGGCACACUUAUCCCAGUGAUUGGAGCUAGUGGGUUUGCUGCUGCGGCUAGUGCUGCCGGAACUGUUGCUGGCUCCGUUGCAGUUGCAGCAUCGUUUGGAGCUGCUGGAGCUGGUCUCACAGGGACUAAGAUGGCAAGGAGAAUUGGGGACCUUGAUGAGUUUGAAUUUAAAGCUAUUGGCGAAAAUCAUAAUCAAGGACGGUUAGCUGUGGAAGUCUUGGUUGCUGGUGUUGUUUUUGAAGAAGAAGAUUUUGUGAAACCAUGGGAAGGGUUAACUAGCAGUUUGGAGAGGUACACGCUGCAAUGGGAGUCCAAGAAUCUUAUCUUAGUGAGCACUGCAAUUCAGGAUUGGCUUACAUCAAGACUUGCCAUGGAAUUGAUGAAACAAGGAGCAAUGCACACUGUGUUGAGCUCUCUUUUAUUAGCAUUGGCAUGGCCAGCGACAAUCUUAGUAGCUGCUGAUUUCAUAGAUAGCAAAUGGAGCAUUGCUAUUGAUAGGUCGGAUAAAGCAGGAAGGCUUCUAGCUGAAGUGCUACAAAAAGGCUUGCAAGGAAAUAGACCCAUCACUCUCGUGGGAUUUUCGCUUGGUGCGCGUGUCAUCUUCAAGUGCCUCCAAACUCUUGCCGAGACAGAAAAAAACGCUGAACUUGUGGAAAGAGUUGUUCUUCUUGGAGCACCUAUUUCAAUCAACAGCGAAAACUGGCGAGACGUAAGGAAGAUGGUAGCUGGAAGAUUCAUCAAUGUUUAUGCCACAAACGAUUGGACCCUCGGUGUUGCAUUUCGCGCUAGUUUACUCUCCCAAGGAUUAGCAGGAAUCCAACCGAUUUGUAUCCCCGGGAUCGAAAAUGUGGAUGUAACAGACAUGGUAGAAGGUCACUCUUCAUAUCUAUGGAAAACUCAGCAGAUUCUAGAGAGGCUCGAAAUCGACACUUAUUAUCCUGUUUUUCGAGACACUCUCUAA